AUGAACGGAACAUCAAACCUGAAAGAUCUUCCUGAGGUCUACUGUCGUGCCUGGGCUACUCGUGACCCGACUGAGCUCUUGGCUCUUUUCACAGCAGACUCGGUGAUGACAGACCACGGCGCCCAAAUACACGUUCCAUUCGCCUUCCUUGAGCGUCACCACAAGCACUGGAACGGUGCCCACAAAGAUUUUGAGGUCUGGCUCGAUAAGCAAUACCCGGUUUACUGGGCCGACCUUGACGAAAAGGGUAAUGGAUACUGCAGUUUUCGAACUGUUAACAAGGGUAUUUUUGUAAAUGACUUGGGGCGGCGGAAGGCAACAGGUUUGCCGUUUCAAUACUCUGGAGUCAUUGAUUUAAAGUUACGGGAGGGGAAAAUCAUCCAGGCAGAUGAAUGGCUAAGGGUACCCUUUGAGGAUAGCGUUUCUCCAGAGAAGUACAUAACAAUCUCGGAGGAAAGCUUAAAGGGUGUGAUGAGAAAAGAUCUUCACAAGGAUGAGUGA